AGUUUAUCAAUGUUUAUGUUAAUAAUAAAUAAUACCCGCUUAAAUAAGCAAUUAUUAAAAUUAUCUGUGUACAUUUACGUCAUAAUUUAACACAUGUAUUUACCUAAUUACGGAUUUUUCACAGAACUUUCCCAAUUGCUAAUGGCACAUACGAGAGGGCAUAUGAUAUUCAACCAUGUUGUUUUGUUAUUGAUUGACUAUGGCCUGUUUAACCCCACAUAAUAUUUGUACUGUACUGUUUACUUUGUAAAGUUGGACAUAUAUAUAUAGUAGUUGUAUGUAUGAUUUAUGUAAAAGUUUGAUGAUGUUGCUCCUCUGAAAAAAUCUGAUUAGAUCAUAAUAUUUUGAACUUGAAAGUGAUGUGAGAUAUUAAAUGAAUUGCAUCAUGAAUGAACUGUGGACCCUGGAGAUUAAGCCACGUAUGUGUUGGAUAGUCUGUAGAAAGCAAAAUUUAAUAACGAUUAUUGUGAUUGAAGAGUGAUUCAGUCAAUGCACAGUCAUGAACGAAUAUUUCAAUUAAAAUUUACGAAGUUUUCGGAAAACUGACUCAUCUCCUUCGUUCUUGGUUCUCUUAUUUUUGCUGGUUUAUUGUCAGCAAUAAAUCAAGGAAAAUGAUCACAGAAUUUAUUCUGAUCAUUAUUGCGCUGGGUGCACUUUAUUCCUGGUGGAAUUCUCGGUCACCAAAAAAACUUCCUCCAGGGCCAAGUCCGUUUUUCCCAAUCUUGGGCAACAUCCCUCAACUUAUCAAGUACAAGGCGGAGGCCAGCUAUGAAACCUUUGACAAGUUGGUAGAAGUAUAUGGUCCAGUAGUUUACAUUAGAUUUGGCGCAAUUUCACAAGUGGUGGUACAAGACUUGGCUCUCGCCAAAGAGGUUUUGUCCAGCGAUGUUUGGGUGGAUCGCGUGUUUGACGAAUACAUUGGCGAAAGAUCGUGGGGAAAGUCACUCGGCAUAAUUUUCUCGUGGGGCGAAGUGUGGAAGGAAAUGAGGAGAUUUUCUAUGAGAACCCUCAGGGACUUUGGUUUUGGGCGAAUUCAAAGCAUGGAAAGCGUAAUUGACGACGAGAUUACGCUGGUGCUGUCCUCCCUCGAAAACGUUACCUCUUCCAAGAAGGAAAUGUCCAUGCGACAGUUUUUCACCGUGUCGAUUCUCAAUAUCUUGUGGAGUAUGGUGGCCGGGUUCAGAUUUUCCCAUGAGGAUGUUAAACUCAAGAAGCUCAUCAAUUUAAUUGACGAAACGUCAAAGAAUAAUCCCGCGAAGGCUGGAAUCGUCCAAGCGUUCCCAUUCCUAUUUCGAUUUGUCAAAAACUCCCACCGUGCAAACCGUAGAAGAAUCUUUAUUGAAGAAAUGCAAAACUUUUUUAGGGAAAUCUUGGACGAAAGGCGUAAAAGCGGAAGCUACAAGGAGGACACCCCCAAAGAUUUUAUUGAUGUUUUCCUCCAAGAAAUUGACGCUCACAAGAACGACGACAGUUUGACAAACCUUUACACGGAUGAGCAGUUUAUUAUGGUCUUAUAUGACUUAUUUGUCGCUGGGGCUGAAACAACCAGCAACACGCUGGAAUUUGCUAUGCUUUACAUGGUUCUUCAUCCUGAAGUGCAAACCAAGGUUCAAGAAGAAAUUGACCGAGUCGUUGGGAAGAGUAGACGAGUCACUUUGGAAGACAAAUCCAAAAUGCCAUACACGGAAGCAACGCUUUUAGAAAUUCAAAGGGUGGCCAAUGUUUUGCCUGUUGUCAUUCGUGGUUGCAAUCAGGACACAAAUAUUGCGGGUUACCACAUUCCAAAGGGUACCUUGGCUGGCAUCAGCUCAAUUAGUUUGCAUAACAGCAAAGCCAUCUGGUCAGACCCUGACAAGUUUCAGCCUGAGAGGUUCCUGGACGAGGACAAGACCAACAUAGUCAACGCGAACAAGAUCCUGCCAUUUGGCCAUGGAAAGCGUGUGUGCUUGGGCGAGGCCUUGGCUAGGGCUUCCCUCUUCAGCUACUUCGCCUCCAUCCUCCAACGCUUCUCCCUCACGCCGUCCCCAGAACAUCCACGGCCCUCGAAGGUUCCCGUGAAUGGAUUUACUCUUUCACCCCAGGAGUACUUUGUCAUCCUCAAACAGCGAUGAACAUAAUCAGUCAAGCUCCUCGUAUCAGAAUUUCCUGAAGUUACGUCUUUAACGAUUAUGCAUGUGAUUAUAUUAAGCAUUGCUUCAUUUAGUUGGUUUAUUAAUUACAAAAUAAAUAGAGAAGUUACCCAUUUCCUCAACUUGCUCAACGA